UAAAUAUCUGUGAUACACUUGAAUUCAGGGCUGAAUGAACCAAUGAACAUCUAUUUACAUGGUGGUUUCUUGCAAACAAUCGAAAAUAUAAUAUUGCAUAAAACAUGUGCGGUUAUAACUUGGUAAAACGUCAAGGUGGUUUUAAAAUAGUGCAUGUGACAUUGUACUGCUUAAAAAAACGGCAUCAUGAGUUUUUAAAAACAGCUACACACUACCGUUGAGUCUUGAGGCCUAAUCCUAUAUAAAAAUAUGAAGAAGUUUGGCCGUUAACUUUAGUAUAAACAAAACCGCACAAUGUUGCAAGCACUCGAGAUUAAAAGAAACAAAUUGUCCCUUGAUCGAAAUACCGAUACAAUUGAUUGGAUCGAUCGUGUGAGUCCAUCAAUGACAUAUGAUGAAUUUUUUUCGAAUUAUUUAAUUCCAAAUAAGCCGUGUAUAUUUGAUUCAAAAGUGACAGAGAAUUGGUCAUGCAGAAGACAAUGGAGCGUGGAUGAUGCACCAGAUUUUGAUGCUCUCGAAAUAUUGUUUGGUAACUAUGCAGUGCCGGUAGCAGAUUGUAAUAAGAAGUAUUACAAUUCACAAUCCAAAGAUGACAUGCAAAUGAGAGAUUACUUAAAUUAUUGGAUGGAUUACGUGAAAAGUAACUAUUCAGACGAUAAAUCACUUUUAUAUUUAAAAGAUUGGCAUUGUCCAAGAUUAUUUCCUAAUGCUCCCAUGUACAACGUUCCCCAGUACUUUGCAUCUGACUGGUUAAAUGAAUACUAUAUUGCAAAUCCUGAUUUGGAUGAUGACUAUAGGUUCGUGUAUAUGGGACCAAGCGGAUCAUGGACACCAUUACACGCAGAUGUGUUCGGGUCUUAUAGUUGGUCUGCAAAUGUAAUUGGGAAAAAACGUUGGUUACUUUUUCCUCCUCAUCAAGAAGACUUUUUACGUGAUAUUCAUGGCCAAUUAAUAUAUGAUGCAACAUCUGAGGAACUUAACGAUUAUACAAAAUAUAAAGCCUACGAUAAACGUACAAUAAAGUAUAUCGAUGUAGUUCAGCAACCUGGAGAAAUUAUGUUUGUACCAACUGGGUGGCAUCAUCAAGUUUGGAAUCUAGAAGAUACAAUAUCUAUUAAUCAUAAUUGGAUCAAUGGGUGCAAUAUUAUGAAUGUAUGGCAUGGACUUAAGAAGGAAUUAUGUUCUGUAAUGAAAGAAGUCUCUGAUUGUAAAGAUAUGAGUGAUUGGCCAGAACAGUGUCAAUUGAUAUUAAGGUCUACGUUUGGAAUGGAUUAUUAUCAAUUCCUUGAUUUUAUAACAUUCAUAGCUACAGAACGCUUAAAUAUGGUUUUACAUAAGGAUAAAGUAAUAAGUUUUAAGAAAUUUGAA